AUGGCUUCUGACCCGUACGGCAGCCCCGACGAUGGGCUGGAGCUGGAGCGAAUCGCCGUCGGCCCCUACUGUGUGUUUGACGACUUCCGCCUGCCUCCAAGUCCCCCGCCCAUCCACCCGUCGGCUCCCGAGGCCAAGCGACCCACGCCCCAGAUGGAGGAUCCCAUGCUGUCGAGCGACUUCCCCUUCGCCAACAUGCGCGGACCGUGGCUCACCACCGCUGGCGACGACAUGCCCCUCACCGCGCCCGCUGACGACAUGACCAACUGGAACGAAUGGAUGCAGUACGAUCCCGCCCAAGCGUCUCAGAACUCCCAGAACGUCGACCCCAAGCCCGCGAAUCCGCAGGGGCCUGCCGCAUAUCUCAGCCCGGAUCAGCAAACCUCUCCGCCCCAUCUCCUUCCUCACCAACAAUCCCAAUCGCUGCAGUCCAACACCGUGCCGACUACCGCCCCCAUGUUCGCGCAAUCGCAUGGCGUGCCCUUCACCUUUGGCCAGGGCGCUGACAUGCCGCCGGCCUUUGACUUCAACAGCGCUGACCUCAGCUCUCCACUGACGGCUGAGAUGCAGCAGCAGCAGCACGCCUACUACACGUCCCAGCAGUGGCAGCAGCAACAACAGCAGCUGGCUGAAAACACCCUCUUCUCCCCCACGCAGUUCGACCAAACUGGCUUUGUCGCACCGCCCGCCUCCACGCCCAGCCUCCACCACAGUCCCACCUCGCUGACCAACGGACGAGCCAGCUCGACCUCGUCGCAUUCAUCACCAGAGCCUGCGACGAACAAUGCACGCAAGAGAAAGUCAUUGGCCGACUCGGAGGAGCUCGACGACGAUGCCCCGUCGAGCAAGAAGGGCGGCCCGCCCAAGAAGACCGCCCACAACAUGAUCGAGAAGCGCUAUCGGACGAACCUCAACGACAAGAUUGCUGCUCUUCGCGAUAGUGUCCCAAGUCUUCGCGUCAUGUCGCGGCCGAACGGUACGGAAGAAGACGACGACCCUGAGGACCUUGAAGGCCUCACGCCCGCACACAAGCUCAACAAAGCGACCGUCCUUUCCAAAGCCACUGAGUACAUCCGACACCUCGAAAAGCGUAACAAGCGUCUACAAGAUGAGCUCAACACUAUGAAGGGCAGGGUCGAGAGCUACGAGAAGAUGGCCAUAUCGGGUCCCAUAACACUACACGGCACUGUCAGCACACCAGAUGGUUCAAGAUUCCACAAGGAUCCUUUCACGCCGACACACAGUAUGCCCAUGUCAGGACCACCACAAGGAAUGAUACCAGUCCCAGAGAACAUCAGCGCCCUCCAGCGCGGCAUCCCACCUCAACAGCACUAUGCGCACGCAUAUCCUCCCGGCUAUGGCGGUCGCCCAGCAGUGGGCGCGCCUAUGGUCAACGGACGACGCAACGGUGCUAUGAUGGGCAAGCUCAUGGUCGGAUCUCUUGCCGGCCUCAUGAUCUUGGAGGGACUUGCAGAGCGCGAGCAGUCACAAGAAGAGCCAGCUGGACGCGGUCUAUUCGCCUUGCCUGUCAAUCUCGUCGGCAUUCUUGCUCCUCGUGUCUCCCUGGGUGUCUCCACAGCUCAGAUUCCUUUAGCCAAGCUUCUAUUGGUAUUCGCCGCCUUCUUCUACCUCGUCGCGCCGCUGCUCGACUUCAAAUCGAAACCGAAGAGGAAGUCACCGCCCGCAGUUUUGUUGACACCCGCGCCGUCACUGGCGUCUCCAGUCGAAGUACGUCGAAAGGCAUGGCUCACCGCAAUCCAAACAGUCUGGGUCCCUCAACACAACUUCAUACUCGAGCUCGCUGCUCUGGGCCUCAAGACCCUCAAGCUCAGCAUGCGAAGGCUCAUUGGAUGGGAAGGAUACGCCUAUCUCACCGGUAUUACCAAGGAACAAGAAGCCGCUCGUGUCAAAGCUUGGGAGAUCGCAUUGGAUGCCCAGCUCACGGGCGGUGACGCUGAGAUCAGCACGAGCCGUUUGGUGCUUACUUUGAUCGCUUCCGGUACCUUGCCCGAUACGCCCGCGAGACUCAUGCUCAAGGCCAUGCAUAUCCGAAUUGUGCUUUGGGAGCUUGGAAACGCAGGUCAUGGCUCGUGGUGGAUGCUCAACGAGCUGAGUGCGAAACUGGCCCGAAGCUACUGGAAUAUGGCACGGAGCGAGCACCGCAUCGCCAUCAACACGUCGAAGCAGAACAAUGAAGCUGUACCAUUGCCAGAACACCUAGCAGCACUUAUCGAGAGGGAGUGCGAUGAGGUACUUGUUCCUGCAGUUGUGCAGCGCGCAUAUAACCUGGCUUGGAACAGGCCAAGCGCAGAACAGACAACUGUAGACACCUCCAUGGACGCUGUUGUCGAGGACUUUGCCAUCUGCUCUCCAUUGGAUGCGCUUGCGGCCUGGUACUCUAGCCUUGUUCUGAACAAGGGACUCGCAGCCACACUUGGUGCAAAGAACAGCUCAUCCAAGGACAAUAUCGUCUCUGAUCUAGCACUCGCUCUCUGCGCUGCCCCACCGAACUCACAGGCCCAGCUACGUGCGCUAGUCGCUCAAGCUGUUGUACUCGACGAAGACCGAAACACUCGCAUCGCAGCAGCACUCGAAGCCCUUCCAUCGUCGCCUAAGCCUGCCGAUGCCGGCUUCAUCAAUGUCGUCGGUAACGGCUUCGUUGCAGUCGAUGUGCGGAAGGGCCUCACCUUGGCCAAAUGCCUCUCGCUGGCCGCUUCCUCGAAUCCCGAAGCCCGCCGCCGCGCCAUCUUCGUUAUCAACAACACUUAUCUCCCCGAAUGCACAACCACACUGCUCAGCUUCGUUGCCGCUCACAAGGUUCUUACGCAGUUCAUGGCAGACGAUACGCUGAAGAAGGAAACUAGCUGCGGUCUAGAGAGGACUGCAAGUUCCCUUCGCAUGUGGAUCGGUCACGAAACAGGCAGGAGAAGUGGGCUGACCAACAAGGUUCGGAGCAGGAUCAUAAGCAGUUGUCUCGACGCGAGCAAGAUGCUAGUUGGACUGGCCGAGAGCAAGAAGAAGGAUGACGCCGACGUGGAUGACGGGUAUGCUAGUGCGAGUGUCAAGGAUGACUGA